AUGGGACGCGUGACGUCAUCCAGGGCGACGGAAACUGAAGCCACGCUACCGCCGCGUAGUCUGCUGUGCACGUGAGGAAAAGCAGCUGCUAGCACGUUGUUUGAAAGUGAGGCGGGAGACAAAACGAUUUGUAAUUCUUAUCACUGAGAGGUAGAAGGAGAUACAGAGAGAGAAAGCUGUCAAUUACGCUUAGAUGGAUGUGAAAAAGGAGGAGUGUGGGGCCGACAUGAAUAUUAUGGACAAAAGGACCUCAAAUGUUAAGGAGGAGGAGUGUGAAUGGGAGUGUGUCCAACCUAAACAGGAGAGUUUCAUCAUUAAGGAUGAGGACUGUGAACUGGGGUCAUUGGGUAUUAAAGAAGAGGCUGAAGAGAUGUCUGUCAGGGUUGAGGUACACAAAUAUAAAAGGACUGAGACUGUGAAGGACGAUGAACAAGAUGGAGCAGUGACUGAGUUAGUCUCUUCUCAAAGUAGACACUGUCCAUCACCAGAGUCUUCUACCCAUGUGAAGUCUGAAUCAUUAGAAUGUGACACAAAGAGGACUGAAAAAGUUUCAUCUGUUAGAACUCCAGAAGAUCAGCCAUCAACUUCAGGGAAAUCCACAAAAGGAGACACGCAUCAGUGCUAUUCUGAAUGUGGCAAACAGUUCAACUCCCGGGGAUAUCUUCAGAUACAGCAAAGAAGUCACAGAGGAGAGAAGCCUUACUGCUGUUCUGAAUGUGGCAAGAAGUUUUUGAAAAAGAACGAUUUUCAAAGCCACCAAAAAAUUCACACAGGAGAGAAACCUUAUUGCUGUUCUGAAUGUGGCAAGCGGUUUCUAAACAAGACUUUACUUCAUAGGCACCAAAGAAUUCACACAGGAGAGAAACCUUAUUGCUGUUCUCAAUGUGGCAAGCAGUUUUCGCAAAAAUGGAAUCUUCAGAUCCACCAAAGAAUUCACACAGGAGAGAAGCUUUAUUGCUGUUCUGAAUGUGACAAAUGCUUUUCAGAAAAGCGCAUUCUUCUGAGACACCAAACAAUUCACACAGGAGAGAGUCCUUAUUGCUGUUCUGAAUGUGGGAAACGCUUUCUAAACAGGAGUUCACUUCAAAGACACCAAAGAAUUCAUACAGGAGAGAGACCUUAUUGCUGUUCUGAAUGUGGCAAGCAUUUUUUGCACAAAUGGGAUGUUCAGAUCCACCAAAGAAUUCACACGGGAGAAAAGCCUUAUUGCUGUUCUGAAUGUGGUAAACAAUUCACGUCCAAAGGAUAUCUUGAGAUACACAAAAGAAUUCACACAGGAAAGAAGCCUUACUGCUGUUCUGAUUGUGACAAGAGUUUUUUGCAAAUGAGCCAUCUUCAAAGCCACCAAAGAAUUCAUAUGGGAGAAAAGCCUUAUUGCUGUUCUGAAUGUGGCAAACAGUUUUUAAAAAAGAGCUCUCUUUUGACCCACCAAAAAAAACAUAAUUGAGAGAAGCCAUAUUGCUUUCUGAAUGUUAUGGUGAUGGUCUAUAUGGAUGUGAAAAAGGAGGAAUGUGAGGCCGACAUGAAUAUUAUGGACAAAAGGACCUCAAAUGUUAAGGAGGAAGAUUGUGAAUGGGAGAGUGUCCAACCUAAACAGGAGAGUCUGGACAUUAAGGAUGAGGACUGUGAACUGGGGUCAGUGGGCAUUAAAGAAGAGGCUGAAGAGACGUCUGUCAGCGUAGAGGUGCACAAAUAUAAAUGGAUUGAGAGCGUCAAGGAAGACGAACAAGAUGGAGCAGUGACUGAGUUAGUCUCUUCUCAAAGCAGACACUGUCCAUCACCAGAGUCUCUUAUCAAUGUGAAGUCUGAAUCAUUAGAGCCUGACACAAAAAGGACUGAAGAAGUUUCAACUGUUAGAACUCCGGAAGAUCAGCCAUCAACUUCAGGGAAAUCCACAAAAGGAAACAAACAUCAGUGCUGCUCUGAAUGUGGCAAACAGUUCAAGUCCAGGGGAUAUCUUCAGGUCCACCAAAGAAUUCACACAGGAAUAAAGCCUUAUUGCUGUCCUGCAUGUGGCAAGAAAUUUUCACAAAAAUGGAAUCUUCAGAUCCACCAAAGAGUUCACACGGGAGAAAAGCCUUAUUGCUGUUCUGAUUGUGGUAAGCAGUUUUCAAAAAAGAUCAGUCUUCGUAUCCACCUAAGAACGCACACAGGAGGAAAUCCUUAUUGCUGUUCUGAAUUUGGCAAACCGUUUUCGCUUAAGAAGGAUCUUUAUGUCCACCAAAGUAUUCACAUGGGAGAGAAACCUUACUGCUGUUCUGAAUGUGGGAAGCAGUUUUUGCAGAAGAGCAGUCUUAAGAUUCACCAGAGAAUUCACACAGGGGAGAAACCUUACUGUUGUUCUGAAUGUGACAGGCGGUUUUCACAGAAGUGCCAUCUUCAGAGACACCAAACAAUUCACACUGGAAAAAAGCUUUAUUGCUGUUCUGCAUGUGGCAAGCAGUUUGUACAAAAGAGUAAUCUUCAUAGACACCAAAGAGUUCAUACAGGAGAGAAACCUUAUUGCUGUUCUGAAUGUGGCAGUCACUUUUCAGAAAAGUGCAGUCUUCUGAGACACCAAGCACUUCACACAGGAGAGAAUCGUCAUUGCUGUUCUGCAUGUGGCAAGAAGUUUUUGAGAAAGAGCAGUCUUCAGAUCCACCAAAGAAUUCACACAGGAGACAAACCUUAUUGCUGUUCUGAAUGUGGCAAGCAUUUUUCAAAACAGACCAGUCUUCGUAUGCACCAAAUUACUCACACAGGAGAGAAGCCUUAUUGCUGUUCUAAAUGUGACAAGCGGUUUUCACAGAAGAGCCAUCUUCAAAGACACCAAGCAAUUCACACAGGAGAGAAAUCUUAUUGCUGUUCUGAGUGUGACAAGCAGUUUUCAAAAGAGACCAGUCUUCAUAUGCACCGAAUUAUUCACACGGGAGAAAAGCCUUAUUGCUGUACUGCAUGUGGUAAACAGUUUUUGCAGAAGAGCACUCUUCAGAGACACCAAAGAAUUCACACAGGAGAGAAACCUUAUUGCUGUUCUGAGUGUGACAAACAGUUUUCGCUUAAGAAGAAUCUUAAGAGCCAUCAAAGACUUCACACAGUAGAAUAACCUUAUUGCUGUUCCGAAUGUUGGAAGAAUUUUUCACAAAAAUCAUCUCUUAAGGUUCUCAAAAGCGUUCAUACAAGAGAAAAACCUUAUCGUUGUUCUGAAUGUAGCAAGUGCUUUUCAACAGAGAGCAAUCUUUUGACCCACCGAAAACUUCUGACAAGUGCUUAUUGUAAAGGAGUAAGCUUCAGAGCCAUUAAUGAAUUAACAGUGGCAUCACCACAGUGGAACAUACAAGAGCACACAAGUGUACCGUGAGUAAGAAAAUAAGAGAAAUCUGACACAGUCCAGUGUUCAUGUGAAGAUAAAGAGCAGACCACGUACUGCUAGUUCUACACAUCUGGUCAUUAGUUGUCAACUGAAGAGUAUCCUCAGACAGCUUGUGCAACAUUUCAGUUCAGAAAUGUAAUUUUUGACUUCCAAAUUUAAGAUACUUUCUGGAAUAAUUUUAAAAAGAAAACAAAUUAGUGUAGAGAAAUUAGAAUGCUACCAAAGAACACCAAAAGAAGAAAUAAUACAGCAAAGGACAACAGCAUUUAUUUCAGAGACUUCAGAGAGAUUUAUAUCGGAGAACUGGUAGAGAUAGGUGUGAGAGUGUGACGUAUGAAGGACAAUUUUAUGGUGUGACAAGGAAGCAAUGUUUAUUUUAGACCGCCGCAUCAUUGGCUGACACCAUCAUAAGUCACUUUACAGAAAUUGUGAAACAGGAAGAAAAAAGUAAAAAGUGAACUAACCAACACAAAGUCUCUUUUAUAAUAAAAUAAUCUUGGGGAUGAGACGUGACUUUCUCAGAGAGACACUUUCACCUUGCGUGAAACAAGACUUUGUGCCGAGAUUUAAUCACUCCUGGGGCCAGAAGUAAAAGACAAAAUAGAAUGUCUUAAAGAAUUCAAAAACGUUGGCACAUUACACAUGCAGAGCAG